AUUUUUUAAAGUGCAUGGUGACCGAUUGAAGAUUAUACAUCAAAAUGGAUUCGUCAAAAAAGUUCCCGAACGCUGAACACCUUAAAUGUUCUCUUUGUUCAAAGUUUUACAAAGACCCAAAGACACUGCCUUGCCUACAUACAUUUUGCAAGACAUGUAUAUUAAAAUACAUUGGACAAAAUUGUAUUGAUAAACCCUCAAAAUGUGCAGUUUGCUUUGAAACUUUUGAAAAAAAUCCAGAUGAUGUGAAAUCCAAUACCUACCUGGAAAACAUGAUUCAUCUGCUCCAAACACAAACGGAUUGCAGAGAUCAGGUCUGUAAUUUUUGCAAGUUUUCAGGGGAAAUCAGGUUAGCUGUCUCUCAAUGUCUCACGUGUUCUGAAUUUCUUUGUGAAGAGUGUUCAACAUCGAGGCACACCUUUACCACCGUAACUAGGGACCAUAAAGUAGUGUCUUUGAUUGAGAUACGGACAGGACAGCAUAAUGAUGCAAUAAGAUCCCUACAGUGUUCAGAAAAAUGUCCUCUGCAUAUAGAGGAGGAGCUUAGAUACUUUUGUGUCCCAUGCAAAACGGUGACAUGCCGUGAUUGCUCAGUAUUGGACCACUCGGGUCAUAAAAUUAAACUUUUAUCGGUAGUAAGAAAAGAAAGCGAAAAUAUGAUAAAACCUUUACAGAACGAAUUGACAGUAAGAUUGUCAGACUUGAAAAGAAAGAGAGAGUUGAUAAAAUCAGAUCAAGGUAAAAUUGAAUCAAUGGAAGCCCAAAUGCACUCUAACAUCAGCAAAAAAUGUUCAGAAGCUGUGAGCAAAAUAGAUAAAGGGAAAAACAGAGUCCUAAUGAAGCUCAAUCAGGUUAUGGUACCAAGUCGGCUUUCUCUUAGAUGUGGAUAUGAAAAAAUAUCUCGUGGGUGUAAAAAUAUUGAAGAAUCUUUAAUUUAUUUUGAAAUGAUGCAAAAGGGAAAAGACUGCGAAGUAAUACAUUUGCUGGAUGACAUCAACGAAAGAUUUAAAAAACUUUCAAAGGUUGAAACCUCAGAUGAUUACCUGCUGAAAAAUAUGCCACAUUUAACGCUUCAAAUAACAGAACCACAAAUUGAAUUGCUGGUAAACAAAGCUCAAUCACCAUCAACCUCUGAAAAAAGUGCCACCCGUGAAACAUCCAAUCAAAAGGAUACCGAUGAAAAUACAAAUCUGUCUGAUUUUGUAACUUAUUGUUCGAAAGCAGUACAGACAUCAGAAGAAGACUUUCAAAUCACUAAGGAAAAUAUGGAAUUCAGGCAAAGAAAAUACAAAUUAAACAUGAUCAGAAGAUUUGAAUUAAGAGAAAGUAAUGAUAUGUUCACACCAAUUUAUAGUGGAAUUGCAUGGGUUGAUGAAAACCACCUUGUUGCUGUGGAUAAAGCUAAUGCAAAGAUCAAAAUGGUUUCCAUUUCAUCUGCUGAAAUAUUGAAAUCUGUGUCAGGAUACCAUCCACUAGCUGUUUCCGUUUGGAAAGAUGGAAUAUCUUGUUUAUCAAUCGACAGUCAAAUGACAUCUUUUAACCGAAAUUUUGAUGUGCAAAAAACAUUAUCUGGUAUAUCAGCUUUGUUUGCAUCCCUUCCAAGUUUGAAUCAAUUGAUUUGGACAGCAAAAUCAGUAAUUUAUUACCAAAAGAAUGAUAUUUUGACUAAAUUACCUUUGACAGAAAUUUCUCCAAAUACAUGUUUUUUACGUUAUGCUUGUUGUCUGCCAAAUGGAAUGUAUGCGGUUUCGGACUCCAAUAACCGAUGUGUUUAUUUGUUAAGUAUGAAGGGUGAAUUGAUCGAAACUUUGAAUUGCCAUCCAGGAUCAAUAUCUUUUGAUAAAUACUACAAUAUAUUUAUCGCUGAUUAUGAAAACGCUUCUAUUGUCGUUUUCGACACCAAGGGAAAUUAUAAGGAAAAGUUGCUUGUAGAGGACAGGCCUAGAAGCAUCUCUGUUUUGAACGAUAAAUUACUCAUUGCAACUGAGAAAAAGGUUUUAUUGUAUGAUAUAGUAUUUAUGUAGUAGUGUGUGAGUUAUUUCUUUCAAACAGAUUAUAAAAUUAAGAACACAUUAGACAUUACUUAAUUAAAGUAAGAGAUUUGCAUAUUUUUUAAUCACAUUCUGUUUUAUAAUUUGACACUGUAUAUCAGGCCAUCUUUAAUGUUAUUUUGCCUUCUUUCAACUGGGGAUAAAAAUCUUCUUUUC